AAUACAAAACAAGUCCAUUUAUAUCUCACAUUUUCUAUGUAACCUAUAUUCGACGUUUGAGCUAUCAAUCAAAUUGUUAACGUGAACAAAAAAAUUUUCGUGGAUAAACUCUUUCCCACCCAAAAUUGCGAGAUGGAGCCCUUCAAUCCGAUACGUAAGAUGCAGAAGGAACGCGAAGAGCACAUAUUCGACGCUCCGCCGUAUUGCAGGAAGGACUUUCCCGUCAUCCCUCUGGUAGAUGAAUGCCUUCCGGUCCCUUUGAAGCUCGAAGUAUCCGAUGCCACCAGGAUCAUGUACUUCAUGGAGAAUUUCAACGGCAUUUCCAGUCAAGAGCUGGAAUUCGACAUCAACACGUACCUGAAAACGAUGUGCCAGGCUAGCGACGUGUUCAUUAUACACAUCAUGCGGAUCUCCCAGCAGGGGAGGGUUAAAAUGUUGACGGAUAGGGUGCUGGAGAACGAGGUCAUCAUGCCCCUCAGUAGGAAAACAAUCGAUUCCAUAAUCAAAUGGGAUGGACAGAACUAUGUGUGUUCCAAGCAGUUGGAUCCGGAAGUGAAGAAAAUUUGUAGGAAGGUUAUGGGAAGAAAAGGAGAUCCUAUGAAUGUCAUUCCGAUUUUGUGCCGAUGUAGGAGAGAUAAAGAUUCGACUCUGAGAAUACACGGUAAUCCGGUGGCAUUGGUUGUUCUCCUCAAUUGCGAAAAGAUCGACUAUUUCGUACUGAAAACCACUCAAGAGAUCUUCAGAUAUUGUUCCACCACCCUUCUCAAUACGAUGGAAGGAGAGGAAGAAGGAAGAUUGAAGAGAAAUUGUCAUUUGCUACUAGAAGGUUCCAAAAGCUUGUUCAGAAAUAUUCACAAUCUUGAGAAACUAGUGAAAGAAGUUAUGCUAAGUUCGAGAAAUCUGACAGACGCUGAAAGAUGCUGCUUGUUUCUGAUGGACCCUGAGCAUCUUCACUGGGUAUCCAGGGUAUUCAAUCCAGAACCUGAAGCUGGUUUGAUGGAAGUUCGAAUAGCUAUAGAUCAAGCUAUUGCUGCUCAUACAGCAGCGACUGGAAGGACUCUGAAUAUACCCAAUGCUUAUGAACACCCCUUAUUUCACAGAGGCGAAGACAAUGCUACCGGUGUAAGAACCAGAAAUAUUCUGUGCUUCCCUAUAAGAGAUGAAAGAGAGCUUUUAGUGGGAGUUGCUCAAGUGUCGAACAAGAGAAAUGGUACCUUCGAUGUGUUCGACGAACAGAUUGUGGAUGCGUUCUCUAUGAAUUGCGGUAUAUCUUUCAUGCAUUCUCUAAUGUUCAAAAAGUUGGAUGAAAGCGUCAAUCGAUGUAGAAUGGCACAGGAGAUCAUGAUCUACAAGGUCCAAGUGACAAUGGACGAUGUGGCUCAAGUACUAUGUUGCAAAACCGUACAUAGAAUCCCUUAUUUCGACAUGUAUGAAUUUCUCACGCGGAGCAUCAUAAUUCCAGAAACCACUUGCUAUGUUCUUAGGAUGUUCGAUGAUUUGGACUAUCUUAGGAAAUUCAAGAUACGGGACAUAACGCUCAUCAAAUUCUUCUUGACCGUGAAAAGUGUUUACAGAGAAAAUCCUUUCAGGAAUUGGCAUCAUGGCUUCGCCACUGGUCAUUUCGUCUAUUGCAUGUUGAAACAGUUAAGAUUAGUGGAUGAUAGAUAUGUAUCGCCUUUGGAAGGCUUGGCACUCCUUAUAGCUGCGUUUUGUCAUGACAUUGAUCAUUUGGGCUGCACUAAUCCGUACUUGUUGACUACCAAAAGUGUAUUAGCAAAUUUUUUCACAAGUGAACUGUGCAUGAAAGCAAGACAUUCCCUGAACCAAACCUUAUCCAUACUAAAUAUGGAGGGAUGUAAUAUACUUGAAGGUCUAAACGAUAAAGACUUCAAUAUUUGUAUAGAACUCAUCAAAGAUCUCAUACUGUCCACUGAUUUGUCUAUCCACUUGAAACUUCUGUACAAACAAAAAAAGAUCUGUACAGAGUUUUACCAAAAUUUCAAUUCAGCACAUAGAUAUUAUCUCUGCGCUCUCAUAAUGACAGCUGCUGACCUCUCAGAUUUCGUGAAAGACUGGGUCAAUACAAAAAGGGUAAGUUGGUAUCUUCUGGAGGAGUUCUUUAAAUUUGGCGAUAUGGAGAAAUUGAGAGAAAGAGUACCAAUCAAAGGUAUAGACAGGGAGCAAGCUAAGAUACCGGAACUUCUAGUGGAUUUCGCGGAAGAAAUUUGUAUGCCAGUUUUCAGUAUAUUCUCCACCUUAUUUCCCGAGCUUGUCACUAUGAGAUACAACCUGGAGGAUAAUGUGGAGAUCUGGAAAAGACUAGUAGACUAUUUCGUUGAACAAGAGUUGAAUGGUGUGCACGGUCUUGAAGUCCUGUUGUCUGAAGGAUUAGAUUCGCACGUGGAGAAGUUGAGAGAAGAAAUUAAGAAUGAGAAGAUUGCAGCCGCAGAACAGGAAGAAGGAGAAGGAGAUGAAGAAGAGACGAAGGUUCAUGAAGGAGGAAGUGAAUACUCGCUGUGAUUUUUUUCAAGCUAUCAUCGAAUACUCAUUUGUCUGGUGUCAAAAUAAAGUGUUUCGUCUUUUUA